AUGGAACAGCCUGAUACGUCGCCAUCCCCGCCACCGCAGCUUCGACGUCGCGAUACUGUGCUUCCUCGACUUAAGAGGUCAUCAGCUUCGUAUCCAGCGCCGCCUUCGAUCCUUUCGCCACCCCUGACAACCGCCUCGCCCACAGCCGGCGCGAGCAUCUCUUCCUCAGAGCCUACUCUCCGAUUCCCUAGACCGCAGGGCAACAAGCAGCUUGCAAAUUGGAUAUCGAGCAGCAACCCCGACAUCAUGGAUCUGGCUCCGCUCGCCGAGGACAACAGCUUGUCUGAGUCCACCUACGAGCUCAUCUCGGGCCCGAGCACCGACACCGACACCGAAGAGUCUCAAGACGAUAACUACACCGGGUCCAUGAGUGAAUCCAUCGGCUCGCUCGACAUUCAUCGCCCAGACGAUGUCCAAAGCUUGGCGGGCACAGAAGACUCGUACGAGACCGAAUCAGCGGUUGAUGAAGCAGACAUGCCCAGCACAGCAGCGUCUGACCGUGAUGAUACCGAGGACGAAGAGGAUGACGAAGACUCUGUCCACGAAGACAGCGUGCUGGCCGAGUCGCACUUCACCGAUGAGACUGCCAAGCUUGAGCCUUUCCCGCCCUUUGAACAUGAGGAUUACUCUCACUCAUCGCUCGAAUACACGCAGCAGAGCUUGGGGACUCCUUCUUUCCCGACUCCAGAGGCCAGUCGGGUGAUUGAGAGACCAGGCCCAGCUGAGCCUGAGAAGAAGAAGUCUUGGAAACAGAGAAUGUCCGACUUUUGGCCAUUCGAAUCCGAAACUAGGGAAUAUUUUGCGGAGGCAACGUGGGGAGGAUUUCCCGGCUUCGCAUUCAUCUUUGUUGUGCUCUUGGCGCUUCCCAUCUUCAUCCAAUCGCCAUCCGAACCAGAUCUACCAAAUGUCCAAGCGCCACCGCCCAUCACUGCAACCAUUACCACCACAACAUAUCUCACCACUUCAUCUUUAUCAACUUCCAGUAGUCAACCGACUCCAUCUUCCACCAACAGCGUGGCUUUGGUGCCUAUUGGCGAGCCACAGUCUGACGAUUGGAUAUUCGGCGCCAAGAAGCCUGCUGUAUCUUUUACGGCCGAAGCGCACAAUGAUAUCUUGAUUCACAUCCCCAAGAGUAUCAAGAAGACGUGGUUGGCCAAGGACUGUCUGUCUGUAUCUGCCAAGAGAGGAGAUGACAUUGUCGAUACCACCAUGUCCAUGGAAGACGAGGGCCUUCGCCUAAAGUUUGCCAAGAAGGAGGUCUACGGUGUUGUCAGCCUCGUGCUCGAAGCCAAGUGCCGUCCCAAGAUUCACAAAGUGGUCAAGGUCCACUUUGGUAAGGGGCUGAUGGAAGAGGCCUUGGAACGCACCAAACACCUAGCUCAUGACCUCUCCGGACUCGUGCCUGCUGCUGCUCAGGAGGCAGAGCGAUGCAUUGAGAACGCCAAGCAGUCCAUCAACUCGGCAUGCCAGAACGUCUGCCAGACCGUUACUGAGACUGUAUCAAAGACUUUUGGCGCCGCCUUUGCAGAUGCCAAGCAGAAUCUCGACAACCUUGUAUCGACAGCCAAGGCCCAGUUUGAAGAAGCCGCCGAGGAGUUUACCACUAGAUUUGAUGACUUUGCACAACAAGCUCUCGAAAACCUGCCCUCGGUUGAAAAUGUACAAAAUCAGCUGCACCUCCAGCUGAUUGACGCGCAGCUCUCAGCUAGGCUCUGGUGGCUGCAGGUCUUUGGCAGCGCAGAGGAGCAUGAUGAGUACUUGCGCAAGGCAACGGCUUUUUCGGCAAAGAAGCACGCAGCUGCCGAAGAGAUGAGGAACGCAAGAAGGGACGUUCCUAAAAAGCCAAUAGAAGCAGCUUCACGGCUCUGGUCCGAAUGGUCCAAGUUGAAGCGCAAAUUAGCGUGA